AUGCCCCAAUUUUCCUUCAUCUCACGCAACCAAUCAAUUGAGAGGCUUCAUAUUCCCAUGAUGAGUUCUUCACUCAAUGAUACUGGAGACGCACUUCUGCCAUGCCCAACUUGGCUCUGGAGCACAAAUUCUGAUGUGAACGUCGCCAAAGAUCGCUCCUGGUUCGGAGACGACUACGUCCCCUUCAAGUCCUUCUUCACGACUCUCAGCGGCGACGCAGUUGAAGUGGUCGGUAUCGGCAGCGUGGAUUUACCUGUUCAGACCACACCAACCGACGCAAACUCCAACGGCACUCUCCGUUUGAACAAUGUUCUUCACGCCCCGGGUGUUGUGUGCAACUUGAUUGCACAGUCAGAAUUUGCAUAUGGAGAUUUCCAGGUAGGAUUUUACGGCAGACCCGAUGGAAGCUCCAGGGGUGGUAUAUCCACAUGCGAUACCAACUCCCAAAUCGCUUUUUUCAGACCAGAUGGCAGGUUCUUUGAAGUCAAGCUCAGCGAGCCUCCGAUUGGGCCUCGGGUAGGCCCGUCUCCCUUCAAACCCGACGUACUUUACCAAAUCAAUGCUUUCUGGCCUCGAAGCGAGCGCGAGCGAUUCCUGAAUAUGCAGGCUUCGGGGAAGCGAACAGAUGCUGAGAAUGCGUGGAUUAAAAAGCACUAUGGCACUGAGUUCAAAUUCCUCGCAAUGCAUGGGCUUAGUAUCUACAAGGAAGAGGACCGAGAAGAGGGCCGAGCUAUCAUGCGGGCAUUCAUGGACAGUGAUGAAGAACCAAUGACUCAUGCAUGA